CGACAGAUCACCACACCUUAUUACUACGCGUAGCGUCCUACCGAGCGGUUGUGUUUGGCUCUGUCAGGGUUUGGCCCUUUCCGUGUGUGAGUGUGUUUCAAACUGCAACGGAUACGGCAACGUGUUGUGCAGGUUUAUCGUUAUCGUCGACGCAGACGCACCAAUCAGCCCAGUCAUCGUACACACGCAGGUGUUGGUGUGUGUGUGUGUGUAGACCUGCAAUCAGUCCCAGCCCCGAGCCAUCAACAAUUUCCGGCCGUCCGGCGACUCUCUGCCGGCUGAAGCGAGGAACCGCGCGGCGAGCCGUCUUGCGAUCGGAGCUGGCCCGGCGCUACUUUCACCCGACCAAAUUGGGCGAUUUAAUCCCGCACGACCGUAUCAACGUACACCAGGCCGCCAGGCGUGCUGUGCGUGACAGUAUUCUCCCAAGCCCCAGGCCCCGGAGUGUAGGAGGGUGCAAGAGGGUGCGAGCGAACCGCGAUCAAGAUCACACGGGAAUAGGAAGGAACUGUGUGUACGUGCUUGUGUGCUUGCAUGUGUGUUUGUGCAUGUGUGUGUGUGUGUGUGUAAAGAAGGAAAUCGACAACGUGCUGUGUCAAAAAUAGAAACCCCCGUUGGUUUUGUUUUUUUUUUUGACAAAACCGCGAUUCUGUCAACCGGCUUUCCGCUAGCGAGAGAGUUUUCAAGAGGCGGCCAAGUGCAUCCACUCCACCCCGCCAACAGCAAGCAGGAACAAUGAUGGCCGAAACGGUAGUGACGGUGGAGACGCCGAACCGCACGGCGGCCAGCCCGGCCGCCACGCCGGCCCCGGGCCAGGCGCAGGCCAAACCGGAGUCCAACCUGAACUGGCUCAAGUUCAACACGCAGUACUUCAUCACCAUCCCGGGCAUCCUGAAGAUCGUACAGGUGGUUUUCGGCAUCAUCUGUAUGGCGUGCGCGUCGCCCGCCCUGAUCGGAGGCACCCACUUCUUCCUGUUCGUGGUCGUCACCUUCUUCAUCGCGACGCUGCUCUGGACGUUCGUGUACCUGCUCGGCAUCCGCGAGGUCCUCAACCUGCCCAUCAACUGGAUACUGACGGAGUUGAUCAACACGGGCAUUGCCACCCUGCUCUACUUCAUCGCGUUCAUCGUGCAGCUGGCGUCCUGGUCGAAUCUGUACGGGCAUGGCCGUGGCUCCAACAUUGCCGCCGGCGUGUUUGGUUUGUUCAACUUCCUGGCGUACACGGCCGGCACGUACUUCCUGUACGUGGAGCACCGAUCGGCCGGCGUGUAAAUGUCCCCCCCUGCACGCUCCCCUGCGGGUGGAUGACACUUGCUUUUGCUGGUUAACGACUCCCGAGUUCACAUCCGUCCCAGAACAGAAGAGGCCACGGGACUACGGCACAUACAGUGAGACCAACAGUCACAGGCCCGGGGACACUUGAUGAAUAUGGCAGCAGCAGCAGCAGCCAGCCAGCAAAAGCCAGCAAAACCCGAGAGCGCCCAAUUUGGGGAAGUCGACCCAGUCACGCAAAACCCGUUAGGCGCUACUAUACAUAAAUAGUUGUAGGAUUAUUAUUAUUAUACAUAGAAACAUACAUAUAUUUACGUUUCUUUCUCUUGUGUAUAAGAUGUACCUUUACCAGACCAGAGCGUACAGUGCAGUUCGUAGCAGGGUUCGCACCUUGAAGAGCGUGACAGUGUGCGGCUAAGCGCGUGAACCGGACGCUGUAAACAAGCCCGCAGCAGCAUUUGUUUCACUUUCGCUUUGCGCUUCGGUGUUUCCUUUUUAAUUACCGCGGUUCGGCUUUCUUCGUCCGCAGGCGCACACGAAAGCACAAAACAAAAUCAGACACACACACACACACACACACACACACACACACACACACACACACACACACACACACACACACACACACACACACACACACACAGGCCCUUUAGAGAUAGUUUUCGUUUUAUUUCGAUCCGUAUGCAUGCACGCACACAACGCUGCGUUGCGCUGGUGCGUAGUUUAUUUGUUUCCAAAUUUCUGUACACACAAUCUGUUUUUGUUUUUCUGUCCCUGUUUGCUGUCUCUGUUUUGUUCCUUUCUUUCUUGUCGUUUGUCGGUGCUGUGGCACAACCGGGAUAGACGGGCGCGCUUACAAGUGCUUCCGCUGAUGCUGCGUUUUGUAUGUAUCGUUUCCAUUGUACGUUUUUUUUACCCUUCUUCUUUUUCUUCUUCUUCUUCUGUUUAUCUCUCUCACUCUCUUUCUCUCUCUCUCUCUCGGUUUUAAAAGAUUUCCAUUGUUUUGCGUGUGCAGUACUGGGAUAAACAAUCCAACAAAAGUGCGCCUGUAAAACAUCGGAUCGGAGCGUAAAGAGGCACAAUCGAAACAAAAACGGAACCUGCACAAGUGCCGAUAGGAAAAGCAUUAUUUUAUUAUGAUUUGGUUGCAUGGACAAGAAGAAAACCAAAACCACACACGGGAAGAACACUACACUCACAAGCGUUACGAUGAGAGUUGCCCUUAUGUGUGUGUGUGUGUGUUAUUUGUGCUUUGUUUCAGUGCCCUAGCAACGCUUAUUUAAAAGUAUUUAUCUAUUCGCUCGUUAGGUACCGAUUAAUUUUUGCUUAAGAAACCAUUUUGUUUUUUUUUUUUGGUGGUAAGAUGGCUUCGCUAUCACAUUAACGCCGCACAGAUUUAGUGAGGGAGGAAAUAAUCGAUUCACAAAAAAAACGUGACAUUAACAAGCAGGAAAUUGUAAGCCGCAAUGUGAGGCAUUAGCUCAUCUCACAACGCAAACGAGAAGAGUGAAAGAAAAACAACAACAGCAACAGAAAACAAUAAACUAAAACGGGGCCGCAAAUGAAUACCGCAAGAAACGAACGAAGCAAACGAAGCAAA